CCCCGAUCGGAUCGUUAGAGUUAACUUUACUCAGUCUUAGCUGAGCGGCUCGCUGCAACGAACGUGUUUUUCUGCCUGCAGUGAAACGAAAAAACGAAUUACCAAUUAAGUGAUAAAUCGAAACCAAGUGAAAAUGCGCUUCAAACUUUUUAUGGUUUGUGCGCUGGCCUGCGGCUUUAUGGCCUAUGUCCUGGCCAACGAGAAUAUAUCGACGGAGGAGGUGGAGGAUCCGAUUGUGAAUGAAUUUCCAGAACCGGUGAAGGUGGCUAAGCCAAAAACUCAGGCGGAAUUUGUGGAGGUUCCAAAGGCCACGCCCGUGGUCAAAAAAGUGGAAGAGGAAAAACCGAAAACCAAACCCCUGGCCCUUCAGAAACCCACUCUGAUUCCCGUGGUCCAUGUCACCAGUCGGGGGACAGAUGACGUCCUGACCGUCGCCGGAUUGAAGCCAGAGAAAAUGUUCGGAGCCCUCAUAAUGCCAAAUGACUAUUUGGGGGAGCUGUCGGACGUGGACAGCAGCGGCUACAAUUGGGAUCCCAAUAACAAUGUUGCCCCACCAACCACCUAUUCGGUGGCAGCCGGGGGAUAUACCAUAACGGCCGCCCGGUUGGCAGAGCUCAGGAGUACCUUCAUGUACUGGUACUUCGACAAGGACAUGUACGGAGGACGUGGCGACUACCAGUUCGACAUCCACGCCUCCAUGACACAGCUGCACAAGAAUCUUAACUUCCAACUGCCUUUCUACGGAUUUCGAUUCAACUACACAAGGCUCUCCCUCAACGGCUACUUGGAGUUCUCGGAUCCACCAGAGUAUCUCACCUAUCCCCUGGUAUUCCCGAUCAAGGAAUGGCCCGCAAAGAGGGAUCCCUCCUUCAUGGGCAUCUUUUUCAGCAAGUGCAGAGUCGGUCGCAUUUAUCCAUCGGACAUUGACCAGCGGACGCCCGGCGUUUACUUCCGAGUGGAACGUGAUCUGAUGGGACGUACCGACCGAUUUGGAGUGGAAGUGAGGGAACGGACCAUGUGGGACAUCCGGGAAGGAGUCGUGGGAGCUGAUACCUUUAUUCCCAAGCACGUGGUGAUCGCCACCUGGAAGAAUGUCUCAUUCGCUGGCGGUAUCGAUAACUCCCUCUACACGACAAACACUUUCCAAAUGAUCCUGGCUACCGACGAGGUCUACACCUAUAUCAUCUUCAACUAUGCCGUUCUGAACUGGCUCUCGCAUACUGAGGCCGGAGGUGAUACGACAAAGGGCGAGGGCGGUGUCCCUGCAUACGUCGGCUUCAAUGCCGGCAAUGGAACUCAGGCCUACGAGUACAAUCCCUACAGCCAGAACAUGGUUAUUCGGGACCUGGCCAACAGAGGAUGGGCCAAUGGGUUCCCGGGUCGUCACAUUUUCCGCGUGGACGAGCAGAUUCUAAUUGGCUCCUGCAACAAGGAUAUCGAUGCUGCCCUGCUACCUUUGACAUUUGCGCCCGAAUCUGGUAAUAUGCUUGGUGGCCAGGUAGUCAACAUCACAGGACCCUGUUUCGAUCCUCUGAUCCGGGUGACCUGCCACUUCGACACGGAGUCCGUGCUGGGAACCUAUGUGGACCGAAACCGAGUGAUUUGUGUUCAGCCCUACCUGAAGGCCGAGGGCUACAUCCGCUUCCAGAUCUCUGUGGGCACUCAGAGGUACAAGUGGCGUGGACAGUACUUCGUGGAGACCCCUGCUGCCGCCACCGAGAAGAUCUUCUUUGCCACCGAUGAUGUGCACAAAAAGAACCCCAGCGAGAUCCGCAUCACCUGGAACCAAUACAAUUUGACCUCGAAUGCCAAUGCCAACGUAAUGAUCUCGCUGUGGGGCUACAGGGAGACCAAGAUUGAGCCACAGCUGGAGUACAUCGAUGUGAUCGAAGCCUCCUACUCGAAUACCGGCAGCUAUGUGAUCACGCCCUCGAACUACCUCAACCGGAACAACAUAAACCGAGACAUGCAGUUCGGUUUCCUCCAGAUCAACCUCACCCAGCCGGACCAGUACUCAGGAUUGGCCAUCAGUCCGAUCCUGUGGUCCCGCCCGAUUCCAUUGGCCUGGUAUAUGGCACCCCAAUGGGAGAAGCAGCAUGGCAAGCGGUGGGCGAGAGCUCUCUGCGAUAAUUGGAUUCGUACCGACAGAUUCCUCAGGAACUUUGCCGCCGACCUUCCUCUUUGCCCUUGCACUUUGGACCAGGCUGUCCUGGACAAAGGACGCUUCCGCCCGGAUCGGGAGUGCGACAAGGACUCGAACCCCAGCUGCCUGAGGCAUCGUGGAGCCAUCCACUGCGUGGUCAGUGGAACGCCAGUCGCCCAAGGAGCCGAGCAGCAGUGCUGCUACGAUCGUUAUGGCUUCCUGAUGCUGACCUAUGAUCAGAUGUGGGGAUCUCGUCCCCGUCGCGUGCACAACCUGGGAAAGAUGCCCUGGAACGAGGCCAGCAAGGUGCCCUCGCUGUCUAUGUGGUUCCACGACAUGCGUCCCUUCUAUUCCUGCUGCUACUGGCAGGAGGAGCAAGCCGUGGGCUGCGAAACCUACCGGUUCGAGCGUCGUCCUUCGCAGGAUUGUGUGGCCUAUCAGGCACCAGGAAUUGCUGGCGUUUUCGGGGAUCCCCACUUCGUGACCUUCGACGGAACGGCUUAUACCUUCAAUGGACUGGGAGAGUUUGUCUUGGCACGCAGCGUGGAUGAGAGUAACAAGUUCGAGGUCCAAGGAAGAUUUGAGCAGCUGCCAAACAAUUACUACGGAGAGGUGAAGGCUACCCAGUUGACGGCGGUGGCCAUGAGAGGCAAUACCACCACAACGAUUGAGGUCCGUCUGCGUCCUCUGCAUGCCCGUUGGCGCUAUCGCCUGGAUGUCCUUGCCGAUGGCCGAAGGGUUUACUUCGAUCGGGAGAGUCUGAAGUUCCAGCACUUCGAUGGUGUGUCCGUGUAUACCCCGACUUACCUGCUCAAUCAGUCGCAGGUGGUGGUGCAGUUCGAUGCAGGAAUCGGAGUGGAGGUGGUGGAGAACGAGGGUUUCAUGACGGGUCGCGUUUUCCUGCCCUGGAAGUUUAUAAACAAAACGGCUGGACUCUUUGGCAACUGGAGCUUUAAUAAGUUGGACGACUUUAUGCUGCCCAAUGGUCAAGUGGCGUCACUCAAUCUGAAUGACCUGCGCAGUAUUCACACAAACUUUGGAAUCAAGUGGAUGCUCACGGAUCGCGAGGUUCCUGGGGUGGGGGCUGCUCUCUUCACUCGCGAGUUUGGAAGGAUGUCCAGCUACUAUGCGAAUGCCACCUUCCAGCCGAACUACGUCCUAGAUCCUGCGGACUUCCUGCCCGUGAAUCGUACCUAUGAUCUGGAAAGAGCCGAGGAACUCUGUGGAGAAUGCACUCAGUGUCAGUACGAUUAUGCGAUGACCCUCAAUCGGGACUUGGCGCACUUUACCAAGAACUACUACGACACCAUAGUCAACAUGCAGGCUGAAAAUGCAGUUCGCGUGGUUUCGUGUGGUGUCUUGCAGACUCCUCGAUUUGGCCGAAAGCUGAGCUUUGAUUUCAUGCCAGGCGCCAAGGUGUCCUUCGAGUGCGACGAGGGCUUUAUCCUGAUCGGAGACCAACGUCGAGAGUGUCUGGCCAAUGGUCUCUGGAAUAUUCCUGAAUACGGAUACACGGAGUGUCUACGUGAGGUGUACUACACGCGUCGCGUCGCUUUCAUAGCAAUUGGCAUUAUCUUCCUGGUGAUCUGCCCACUGAUGCUGUGCAUCGUGUGCGGAGUAUAUCGCUACCGCCAGAGGCAGCUGAAGGAGGAUCCUCAAUGGCAGAUGCCCAUGCUGCCCCGAUCGAGGGCCAGUUCCGCUCGUAACUUAAGAACCCUUAACUACGACGACGACAGCGACACGGAUGCCAGUACAUUGAAGAAAAGUAGGUCCUACGACAAAGUAUAUCGCACGAACGAACCAUUACCUGGCAAACCGCAAAUUGAUUUUCCAGCUAAGAAAUGGGAUCUGGAUGAGAACGACGAGGAUGUGACCUCAUCCGAAGGUAGUCAAAAUAGAAACAGCUCAAAGUUAGCCAGGGACAUUUCCUACAUUAAUCCGAACGUAACCACAGGUGAGAAGCCGAAGCAGUUGGGUCGCCGCUCCCUGCACUCCACCUCGGGCACGGACUUGGACAAGCACGGAUCUCCUGCCGAUGAGGAUCACAAUCCGGAAGAGGACGAUGACUUCGACGAGGCUGAUGUCCACACGGGCACCACUCACCCGGCCGGAUAUCACCAGCCCUUGUCGCCGGAGGAGGCUGACCAGCUGCACCGCCAGCAGUAUAGUCCCACUUUCAGUGGCCUGGACAGUCGCACGAGUGCCGCCAGUUCCAUAAACUAUACUCCCCAGGCGGCCACACAGAACCGCUUCGGUGGGGUGCCGGUGCUACCCAGUAACACCCAGUACUACAGUAGACCCCCAUCGAGCGUGAAUGCCGUACCCCUGCGCACAGCACCCACGCCACUGACCCAGGACAGUGGUCUGCCAUCGCCUCCCGUGGCCACCUCGCCCACUCCCUCUGUGCAGAAGUCGACGGAGGUCUGAGGAUCAGAACUCAUCCUGAUCCCCUAGCUGCAAAGUUCAAAUAAGAGCCACCCAAAUAAUAACUAAUCUUAAGAAUCCUUCAUUGCCGUUAAUGUUGAACCACCCACCUGUCCAUGAUGCUUCCUCCGACUGUACAAUGUUGUUAAACUGCUGCUUAGCCCAAGGCCAUGACCACAUCAAAUAACCACAUUUAACAUAGCAUUUAUUUAAUAGUCCGAAUCCGAAACCGAAUCCUUGUACAUUAAGCAUAAUCCAAUCGGCAAUUCAUUUGUAUUUACUUCGGCCCAGGUUAACAUUCAUCAUUUUUUAUUGAAUAAAACCAAAACACUUGUUUAUAGUCGUUAACUUGUAAA